AUGGCCUCGACGAUUUAUUUGGUUUUGAUGUUCUUAUUCUUUUAUAUGAUCGUUGAGGCUCGAAGUGUAGAAUUCAUCUUCAAUGGAUUCAAUGGGAGUGAAAAAGCUCUCUCACUUGAUAGAGCGUCUAUUAUCAAGCCUACUGGUUUACUAAGGCUCACCAGCAAAACACAAAAUGCUAUAGGACAUGCAUUUUAUUCCGAACCAAUACAAAUGCUUGACAGAAGUUCAUCUUCAUCUCCAAAUGCUCUCUCUUUCAACACAACUUUUGUCUUUCAGAUCGUCUCUCCAUCCGAAGGUAAAGGAGGCUACGGCCUUGCUUUCACCUUAGCUCCCUCCACCCAGCUUCCCGGUGCUGCUGCGGAACAUUAUCUUGGUCUUUUCAACUCUACAAAUAAUGGUAAUCGCUCAAACCAUAUUUUUGCUGUUGAAUUCGACACAGUUAAUGGAUUCAAUGAGAAAUCAGACUCGGAGGGAAAUCAUGUCGGAAUCAACGUUAACAGCAUGCAGUCGGUAGCAUCAGAAACAGCUUCUUUCCGCUACGAUGCAAGCCGUUCGGAAGAUUUGAAGUUGGAGAGUGGUAACCCUAUUCAAGCUUGGAUAGAAUAUGAUGGUGAGACUAAAAAUGUUAGUGUCACAAUAUGUCCCAUGGGGGAAGACAAACCAAUUCAACCACUCAUCGGUCCUCAUCAUGUAGAUCUAAGCGAAGUUGUUAAGGAGAGUAUGUAUGUUGGUUUCUCUGCGUCCACUGGAAAAAAGACGAGCUCUCAUUACAUAGUGGGAUGGAGUUUUUCCACAAAUGGAGCAGCCCCUCCACUCAACCUUUCUGAGCUUCCUAUCGCACCGCAUGAGAAAAAUUCAUCCUCUUUCCGACCCUCCGUGAUUGCUAUUAUCGCAUCUUUAUGCAGUGUGACCACUCUUCUGUUUGCAAUACUCUUCCUUCUUAUGGUGUAUAGAAGGAAGUGGCGGCCAUUUGAGGCUCUUGAAAACUGGGAAUUGGAGUGUCCACACAGGUUUCGCUAUCAAGAUCUUUAUACUGCAACUAAGGGUUUUAAAAAGAGUGAGAUAAUUGGAGUUGGUGGGUUUGGUGCAGUGUACAAAGGUAGAUUGCCUUCGAAUGGAAAUGAAGUUGCUGUUAAGAAGAUCAUGACUCAUAAUUCAAUCCAGGGUUUGAGAGAGUUCACAGCAGAGAUUGAAAGCCUGGGACGUUUACGACACAAGAACUUGGUGAAUCUCCAGGGAUGGUGUAAGAGAAACAAUGACCUCCUCCUAGUUUAUGACUACAUCCCGAAUGGAAGCCUUGCCGGUCUCCUUUUUAGUCGGAGAAAUAACACCGUUUUGAGCUGGGAGCAAAGAUUCAAUAUCGUUAAAGGCAUUGCAGCAGGGCUUUUGUAUUUGCACGAGGAAUGGGAGCAAGUGGUGAUUCACAGAGAUGUCAAGUCAGGCAAUGUCCUGAUAGAUGCAGAAAUGAACGGACGGUUAGGAGACUUUGGUCUAGCCAGGUUGUAUGAUCAUGGCACGCUGUCGCACACUACAAAUAUCGUUGGCACGAUAGGGUAUCUUGCACCUGAAUUGACACGCACCGGUCAGGCUUCUACCAGUUCGGACGUGUAUGCCUAUGGUAUUUUGCUUCUUGAAGUGGCUUGUGGCAGAAAACCUGUUGAAACAAGUAACUUCAUUCUGAUAGAGUCAGUGAUUGAAUACCAUCAAAUGGGCAGAAUUCUUGACGCAGCUGAUCCAAAGCUGAACUCUGCAUUCGAGGUCAAAGAAAUGGAGUUGGUACUGAGGUUGGGUCUUCUUUGUUCUCAUCAGAAGCCUAAAGCCAGGCCAGCCAUGAGAGAAGUUAUUCGGUAUCUUAACUGGGAAGAUGAGCUUCCAGCAAUUGAUGAUUUUGGCUCUUCUGAUUCUCUGCGUGUGAGACCAAAAUUUAUGGAAGUGGUUUCCAGUGACACGAUCACAGGAUCGUAUCCUUCAUCUUCCAUCGGUAACAUUACUACAGAUUCUAUGGAUGCCGGCAGAUAG